AUGAGUUCUGGAGAAACUGUUAAAAAUGACCUUAACGAUCUAUUAAUGAAUGAAAAUAAAAAAAGAAUAGAAAAACUAUUUGAAAACAAUUCAGCUACGCCUAUUAAAAUAUCUUCAAUUGUUGUGCAUAACUCUGAACAUGUUCGUAGUGAAAUAUUAAAAUUAUAUCUAGAUGCUACUUUAUCAAAUGCAUUCACUUUUAAAGAAUUGUGUGAAAGUGCUGAUGAUUUAGCAAAAAAAUUGAUUCAACAUGGUUUAGUCGAAAAUAUUUCAAAUACAUUCGAUACACAAGGUAUAUCAAGACAUAACUUAAUUGCUUCCACUUAUCCAAGUACACUUUAUGAUUCCUCAAAUAUUCCAACAAAAGUCUCAGUUAUCGAUAUAACUUCUAAGAUUAAACUUAUACCAUUAAAGAAGUUUAUGGCUAAGACGGGUACGAAUAUUGGUAAUGGAGAAGGUGAUGGUUAUUUACAAUUCCAAUUAAGAAACAUCUUUGGCGGAGGUGAGAGGCUAAAUCUUGAUAUAACUAAAGGUACAAAAACACAUUCAUCGUAUUUGCUAAACUACACACAACCAGUAAAUCCUACUUGGAUAUGGGAUACCAUACUUUAUCAAAAUAACAGGCAAUUAGGAUCUUCAAUUGACAUGAUUGUCGGAGGUCUACGUAGUAGCAUAAAGGGUAAAACUGGUAUUCAUGACUAUGUAAAUCAUGAGUUUUAUAUCGAAGGCCUACUUAGAGAAACAAAAAUCAUUUCUAGUAAUUGCUCAAACACCCUACUAUUUCAAGCCGGUAAUGAUCAAAAAGUUUCAAUUGGUCAUUCCAUAGCAUGGGACACAAGAGAUAAUCACAUAAUACCAACAUAUGGGUCGUUUUUGAAAGUAUUUAACGAAGUUGCCCUGAACAGAUAUUUAAAGUCCCAAAUUGAAGUCAAUACAGCAAUGAGCUUUUUGAAAAAUUCCUUGAUAACAGUUAAUGGAACAAUGAGAUUAGGAUAUAUUAGUAACAUUUCUUCUACUUUGAGACCAUUGCAUAUUGGAGAUAGAUUUCAGCUAGGUGGUGGAAAUGAUGUACGUAGUUUCCAACCAAUGGGUUUGGGACCAAAAGAUAUUUAUGAUUCGAUCGGUGGUAAUUCCUAUACAGCAUACGGAAUAAGUGUCUUUACUGCUCUCCCAUUCAAAAGCUUGAUGACUUCUAACUUUAAAAUACAUACCUUUAUUAAUGGAGGUAAAUUAAUAAACCAUAAUUCUUCUAAUGGAACAUUUACGGAUGCUGUAAAAGAUUUAAUCAAGGAAAAUUCUUUGUCUACUGGUGUUGGUAUCAUUUUUAAGCAUCCAGUAGCAAGGUUCGAAUUAAAUUUCACACUUCCAUUAAUCACUCAUAAAAGUGAUAUGGUCAGAAAGGGCUUCCAAUAUGGUAUUGGAAUUUCAUUCUUGUAA